AACCACUUAAAAUGGCACAACACUCAGAUUCAGUUACAGGAUUACUUCGAUUAAACGAGGAAGGAAGUUCAAAAUUUCUCCAAAUGAAUCAUUCAAUAUUUUUCAAGAAUAUGAUUCAAGAAUUUGCUAAAGUAAUCCCAGUAACUGAACAGAGGUUGUCAACAAGUGGUAAAUGGCAAUAUGACCCUACUUCCCCAAGAAAAGUAUUAUUGUCAUUUAACAUAAUUGAAGCUAAAGAUAAUACAAUAGAAUCAAACUCCCAAAUUAUAUUCAAUGAUAUAAGUACAUUGAUAAACAAAAAAAGGUUUACUGCACUUUCAUUCAAUGAAUAUACAUCUUUAAUUGAUGAAAGUGCCCCUUUUACAAUGAUCCGAGAUUAUAUCAAUGAAUUUUAUCCUUUGAUCAUUAUAUUUGUAGUAGGUUUGGCUGUAAUAAUAGUAUUAUAUGUUUUGGCUCGUAGAAAAAAUCCCAAUGCAAGAAACUCUGUGAUAAUUGAGACCUUUUUUAUAAUGCAAGAUAUUGCCGUGGAUCUAGCAUUUAUAUUAUUAAAGGUUAAAAAUACACCACAUCUAUUUAUUCCAACGUAA